AUGAGGAGCAACUACCUGGAAGCCACGUCCUGGAGGCCACGUUCCUUGGUCCCAGCCCAAAGGCUUGCACCCGCCUCCAUCCCCGCCCCCCUGCCCUGCUCGGAGCAUAAAUAUCGAGACUGCAGGCAGCACACCAGGUUUAGCCUCUGCAUCAGCUCCAGGCUCACGUCCUCCUGGCCCAAGGUCUCUGCGAUGGAGCAGCAAUAUCAGCAAUAUCUCCUGGACGUCGAAGCGCUGCAGAAGGCUGGGGAUUCCGCAGUCCGGGCAGCAGAGGACCAUCCCCCGCGGUCCCCGAUCUCCCCAGACUCGCCACCUCCGCUCUGCCUGCCCCUGGCACAGUCCUCCAGCCACCACAGCGAUGACCACCAGCCACUGCUCUGCAGUCCUUGCUGGCAGCUGCCCUCGGUCUACCUGCAAUACCGAGCACUCUUAGCUGAGGCCCAGAGCCCCUCGGAAGAGAGCCCAGUGCCGCCCAGUGCAGGCCUCUUGCCAGGAGAGCGCCCGAGCCCCGGAGAAAAACCACCUCCCGCAGGAGCGCCCGAACCCCGGCGCAGAUCACCUCCCAUAGGAGCGCCCGAACCCCGGCGCAGAUCACCUCCCGGGGGAUUCCCGGCCCUGCGGCCCAGCGCCCGUGCUGGGGAGGGACCACUGGACACGGAGGCCUGGGACCCCUGGCAGCCUUCAGUGUGCAGUCCGCCCCCGGACCCCACCUGGUGGCGCCUGCACCUGCUUGGAGCGGGCUGCCUGCAGCGCAUCCUUCGUGCCCUCUCCUCUUUGAGCCGCUGGGCUGCUGACUGCUGGGCGACAGUCCUGGACCUGUAGGAGCCCCCAGACUGUGCGGG